AUGGACACAGGCGGUCUUGCUCAGAUGAAUUUCAACAACUUCCCCUCCUCCCGUGAGUUGGGCAUCGCUGGCUCAGGCCUUGCUUCCCGCCGCGGCGGCCAGAAUUUGAAACCACUCUCUUUGGCAACAGCCUCGGCGUCUCAGGACAACGGUAUCCCCACGCCCCGAACGAGCCGUUCGCAUCUUCUGGCUGGCCUUAGAACUGCCCCAAAGACGGCGGCUGCAUCCACCUUCAACAAAUCACAGACGGCUGGCAUGCAAUCGCCCACCACGCACACUUUCGGCCACGGCAACGGAAAUACCAUUGGCAAUAGCAUGUACAGCAACGGCCAGAACCUGUAUAAUCCCCCGAAGACGGCUAUGCCCCAAUAUGGUCAACAACACCAGCCUCAUCAGAACCAACUUUACGGCCACGCCCAGAUGAACAUCAAUUCGCAGUUCACCACCGAGCAGGUUCUCGCACCUCCUGAGAUCCACAUCGAUGACCAGGAUCAGAUGGAUCCCCAGCUUUACGCCCAGCUGGUCGCUACUAAUCUGUACUUGGCCCAGCAGCAGCGUGCUCUCCAACAAGAGCUACUGAAUAUUCAGGCUGCUGCCCAGCAGUUCCAAGGCCUCAACAUCAACAGUGCCCAGCAGCAAAUCCAGCACCAACAGCUAGCCAUGUACCAGCACCAGCAGCGAGUCCAUAGUCUGCAGCAGUCGAUGCUCGGUGCCAUGGGUAAUCAACAGGUUCAGCAGAACCAGCAAAAUGUCUAUGCCUAUGUGGAUCCGAUGACUGGUCAGACCCAAUAUUAUAUGGAACAGAACACCCAGCCGACCCAGUCCUACUUUGACCAGUCGCAGUUUGCCCACCUCUAUGGCGGCCAGCAGCCAAUGUCGCCAGUCAGCGCUACUCCUCGCGUGCAGGUGUCUCCUCCGACCGAAAACACGGCGUCUUUCCGCACCACCACUCCCCCGAAGCGUGACGAAUCGCCGAUCAAUGUCACGCCUCUGCCUCCUCCGUCGGCCAACGCCUUCCGUCGCGGUCAUAAGAAGAUCGCCUCACUGGCCAUGGCAAACGCUGGCGUCGACUCUCUUGCGCAGGCCAGUGAUGCUCCCAGGUCUGCUGGUCCGAAGACUGCUUCGUUCCCCCUCACACCCUCUACAGGAAGCUAUGGCCCCGGCCAAGGUCGCGCCGGCGAGCAUCCUGUCCGACAGCCUCGUGGGCCGCCGUCCAUUGAAGAGCUCAAAUCGAAGCCAACAACCAAGCAUGAGGGCAGCAAGAACUUCGCGGCUCGCGCUCGACGAUCGGCAGUGCACAACCUCGUCCGCGCCGGGCGGGAACGGAGGAAGGGCACUGGCAGCUCUAGUGGAAGCAUGAGCCCGCUCUCAGAGAGCGCCGAGGAGUCGAGCACUCCCAUCACCGACAACGAAUCUGACUCUGGGCGUAGUGGCUCAGGCAGCCUGUCUGGUGAUGUGGACUGCUCCCUGCCGAGCUCGCAGACUUCCACCACCGGCACUUGGGGCGCCAUUGGCUCGGAUCGGCCAAGCUCCCGCGAGAAGACACGGAAGAGCCUCGACAGUAUUAGCAGCGCUACGUCGGCGUGCGAGUCGGACAGGGAGAACAGCUUCGCCAGUGUCUUCAAGAGCUCGGCUCAGAAGGCAGGUGUUGAAACAAUCGACGGUCAACGUAAGGCGCCCAUGCUGGUCCUGACGAGCGCCGAGAAACGCAAGAUCAGCACUCUUACCAUGUCCUGA